CAGCCAUAAUUUUGUUUUGCUUUUUUGUAUGCUAUAGAUUCAUUUUGUACUUGUUAGAAGCUCUUUUAUUUAGAAAAGUUCAUUUGCAUACAAAAAACAGAAUGCUACAAACAAGUUUUACUAGAUUUACACCUGAUUCAUUAUUGCCAACGUUGUAGAGUAACAUAAAAAUGUGACUUGCGGAUCAGCUGUUCACCUCAGUAGACAUCAAAGCAUGAUGGAUACUGGUGAAAUCGGGUAUAAGCUAGACAUUUUUGAUACUUGUGAUAUAUAUUCUUGUAUUGCUGAAGCAUUGGAAUCCUACUUCUUGCCAUGUGGACCACAACACAUGUACUACAAUCAGCUGUUCAUGCCUAAUUUUUUAGUCCUUUUAAUGAUAAAUUUUAAUAUGUGUACCUAUGUGUCGAUACAUUGCCAAGAUAUGGUGCUAUAUGUUUAUUAUCGCUGGGCUAUAGCUGCCAUAGUGAUAUCCAAAUAUUGUAACAAGAAUGUUCAUUUAGAGACUCCUUAACAAAUGUGUAAAAGAAUUUUACUUUCUAAUUGAGACUGUGGAGAGCAAAACAAUCUUCAGAAAGUUGUUUCCCCCUAUUCUGUAUGUGCUGUAUCAUUAUUUCAGGUUUUCAAGAAUGAUGGAAUGCCUCAACUAAUUUGUAAUACCUGUAGGAAUCUUACCCAACAGGCAUACAUAUUCAAGACCAAUUGCAAGAAAGCUGAUGAAGCUCUUAAGCUUUUCCUUGCUACUGGACAGUUAUCGAAACCAUAUCUGCAGAGGGUCGAGCAGUUGAUGCUUCCUCCUGAACCCCAGCCAAUACUCAUAGGUCAGCACCCUUAUGUGGAAACUCCAAAGGAACCUCCACCACAGCCAAAAAUAAGGACAAUCAAACAAAUAAAGAUGGAAGCUGGUGAGGUGAUAACUGUAGAUGUCACAGAAGAUGAAAACUUACAAUUGGUUGAAGAAGGACAGCAUGAAAGUGAAGGUAUCUUUGGACUUGGAGAUGAUGUGGAACAGGAAGCAGACAACAGCAUAGAUGAGACUGAAUCUGGUGAGGUGCCAACAACAAAAAUGGACAUACCAAAUCAGCUGAGUUGUGUCAGAUGUGACAAAGAGUUUAUGAGUCAAGAGACUUUGGAUGCACAUUUGAAAAGACACAUGAAGCAGAGACCAUUUACAUGCGAUAUUUGCAACAAAAGCUUUGUCUUUAGGCAGGGUUUGGAACGCCACAAUCUCACUCAUGCAGCCAACAAUUCGCACAGAUGCAACUACUGUGACUCUUCAUUCCGUACCAGCAUAGCUUUGGCCCGCCAUAUCACCCAACACGAAGGAUUGCGGCCGUACGCGUGCAAGAUAUGCAAUAGAACGUUUGUGCAAAGUCAUCAUGUGUCUAGGCAUAUGCGCGUUCACUUUGCAGUAAAGUCUGCCAAGCCGGACAAUGUUGUCAAUACUUACAAGUGUGACUUGUGCAGUAUGUCAUUCAGACGUAAAGAUUACCUUAUUAAUCACAGUGCCAUUCAUUCAAUGGUGAACCUUCGCUGCGUGAUCUGCAAUACAGAGUUCGAAACAGCCGCUCAAGUCAAAGAACAUAUCACCACUCACCUUGCGGGUCUGCCAUUCCCAUGUCAAAGGUGCGACUACAGCUUUGAAACUGAGGAGCAGCUGGAGUUACACGAAUUGAAGCAUGCAGAGAUGAUGUAUGAGGACCAGAUAGAAAGAGAGGUAAUCACGGAGGCCAUAGAAAAAGGUGAGAUGACUUUCGGAAAUGUAGCUGCCGAUGAGGAAACCCCAGUUGUCGAGAAUUUUCCGAAGAAGCAGUUACGUGUCAGCAACAAAAAGAGAAGAAUCGGAGCAAACAGUGGUUCUCUGGAGGUCUUGAGGACGUAUGGUGACAGAAGGAAUACAGAAAUGGAAGAAGAGGGAGAAGAGUCUGAAGUUCAGGAGUACACUAUCGUAAAUCUGGACAAUCCAGCUCCCGAUGUAGACGAAGCAGAUGGUUCUACAGAACCAGCUAACGAUUUUCUCAAGGAUGAGAUCGAUGCGGAGUUUGAAGCAAAUGAGCCAGUCCAGAAGAUCGAACCUGAGGAAAUCGAAUCAGAAAAUACAGAACGUUUGAAGCCUAUCAUUCGCCAAGAGGGUACCAAAGUCUAUACUAGGAAAUUCGCUCCUCAAAAGAGACCCCAUAAUGUAAAGAAUUUUGCACAAAUACAACAACAACAGCAGCAGCAACCAAUGGACACAAUUACAAUUGAUGACGAUAACGCGACAGCAAAUGUCAUUGAAGAUGCCACUCCAGUGGAAGAAAGGCUACCUCCUAGCCUCAACCAGCUGAGGUCCGAACCCGUGUAUGAGAAGAAAGCAAAGCUAAAGAGUAUGGGUGGAAAAGUAGUGAAGGUGCAGAAGUUUAUCAUCACAAAAGAGGAAAUGAAGGCUAUGGCUAAGCAAGGUAUAUUGGAGCUAAAAGACGGAAAAGUCGUACUGAAAAAUGCUCCACAACCGAUACUCAAUGCAAGUUUGAAACCCGUGGAGAAAAAUGAAAUUAACUGGUUCCUGGAGAAGAAGAAAGAGGCUGGUCAGCUGAAACGCUAUCAGAAGAAGAUCAGCGACGGGGAGAAACCAGAACAUGACAUUUGGCGUUAAGAUGAAUGCACAUAUUGCACAUUUGGACAAACAAAAUCUAUUUAUUGAAUCUUUAUAUUAUGUAAGAUAGAGUGUAUUUUUUUCAUUGAAUUAUAAUUUAAUACAAAUUUUAUGUUUCAUAUGUACAGAGAAAUUAUCGAUAUUAUACAUAUUAGUAUGCAUUGAAA